AUGCAUGAGACAUUCUGUAAAGCGAGGCUACCAAGGCCUGGGCCAAGGGGGAACCAAUAUGGCGGCUGGCGCGUGGAAUUGGGGACAGACCGGCGAUCACGAAAGGCGGUUUCAAGGAACAUCAAUGGGUUUCUGAAUACUGGUAAAGGUGGAACCAUUUAUCUUGGAAUUAUAGAUGAAGGCAAGGUGAAAGGCUUACUACUGACACAAUAUCAGAGAGAUCAUGUCAGAAUUGCAGUUAAAGAUGCCCUGAGUAGAUACACUCCUCCAGUUCCUGAAGAACGUUACAAAGUUGAUAUUGUACCAGUCAUUGAUCCUGAAGAGAAAAUAGAAGAGUCAACAGCAUUCAUUGAUCUUCAAGAUAAUGGUUGCAGUGAAGUGGACAGUACUCGCCUGAGGCCACACAUCCUUAGAACAUCUGAUUACUGCUGGUGUGAUAGCCAUGCUGUGAAACAAUUUUCUGAGGGAUUUCUAUCCUCUCUCUAUGUGGUUGAGAUUAUUGUGUUUCCUUGGAAAAAACAGCAGCUUAAGAUAGAGAAAGGCCGCAUUGAGUUUGACCUCCAUCCAGUGUAUGAAGAUGAGGAGGGCAAUUGUCACUUUAGAAGACAAGCAAGCUUAGUGCAGUACUCAGUUCAAGAAGUGGUGGAACUUACCAAAGCAGAAAUAAAAAAUCACUUUAUGCCUUUACUCUUGAGUCUCAAAGAAGAGAUUAAAACCAUUGGAGAGCAGCACAAAUUAAAUGGCAGACACUAGCCUGAAGGAGCUCAAGUGCAUGAAAGAACAUCACAGCUGCCAUACUUUUGGAUACUUUGCUUUAGUUUCCCAGGAGUUUGCUUGAGACAGCUAUCAACAAAAAUGCCACUGCCUUAAAGCAGUUACAAAGCUAGCAUUUUUUUGUGAAGGGAGAUGAAACAGUUUAGUGUGAAGAAUGACUGUAAGGAUCUGAGGUCCCUCCCAGAUGAAAAGGAUUUGGUUCUGCAGUAUCCUUAUACUUUGUAUUCAAACUCCCUUUCCCUUCUCCUUUCCCUUUGUACUGUACACUGUCCACUCAUGUCGAGACCAUCCUUCUUGCCUUUUUAGGAUUGCCAGGAUGUCGUUUUCUCUCAACAUAAUUGACCCCAUGUCAAAAAUUUCACCAAAGGAUCAUCUAUAAUAAUUAUGCAAUAAAUGGUAGUAUCAAAUGGAGUGGCAUUGGUGGGUUGAAAUGCCCCUAAUGGCAACCUACCAGGGCUUUUGGUAAGUGGGAGGUCACAUGUUACCAGGGGCAAAGUUCUCAACAGUGUACCCACAGGCAUUCCACGCUCAUGUCUUGCAAAAAAGCAAAAGGUUAAUUCCUGAAAGUGUCACCCAUUGUGGAUAAUUUGAACAUGUUAUAAGGAGUAGUAUGAGAAAUGAAAUGUGGUUGAAUUACAAUGCUACACAUUCUGAAAUAUGAAUGUUUUAUGGGCUUUCAUGAAUUAGUCUAUUGCUCUUUCUUGAGACAUGAGCUUGGGAUACCUGUGCAUUAUUUAUUAAACUCUUUUCAAUGAAAGGGUGGGAGUUCUAAGUGAUUUCAAAGCUUUUGGAAAUACAAUUUACAGCCAAACUUUUGACAUAGAUGACCUUCAAAUCUUUAUACCUGUACUUCUCUACCAACUCCCUGAUGCUUUGAUCAUGGCCAUUAGUUGAAGUACAAAGAGAAGCUAUUGGAGAUUUUGUUCAAACUUUGGUUUUUGUUUGAUUGUUUUGCUAAGUUCAAGAACCUUACACUAUCCCAAUUUAGUUAACCUGGUUAUCAAACAAGAAAUGUGCAGUAGUAUUUUUACCAAUCAAUUUUGUAUAUUAAUUUUUUUAUCGCAUGUUUUACAUGGAGAUAAUAUAGAGAUGUACCAUUAAAUUUAAAAUAUGGUUUGAAUUGUUAUCUUGUACCUUACUGUACAGUUUCUUUCAUGCACAAUAAAUUUCACAAGAAUGCUUA